AAAACUCUUCCGCUUUGUGUUUGUGCAGCACCUCAGUUUCCCAUCAUAACCUAAACUGAACGCUUUCCCUGGAACCGGGUCUCCUCUCUGAGCUCAUCGCGUUCUGCUUGUUAGUUAUGUAACUUUAUAUAAUUAUUAUUUAUUAUUUUUUUCGUUGCCUGCUCGUCUGAUCUGGUGGCUGCGGAUCACUUUCUCAUGUCGCCCCAGGCGCUGUGAGGAGCCGCCGCCGCUCCUGCUCCGCUGGCCGCGUCCUGCCUGCCAUGGCGUCCGUGUAUAGCGGAUCCCAUACGUUGAGCAAAGAUGAUGUCAACUACAGGAUGCAUUUCCGAAUGAUUAACGAGCAGCAGGUCGAGGAUAUCACCAUCGAGUUUUUCUAUAAACCGCACACCAUAACGCUGCUGACAUGCACGGUGCUCAGUUUGAUGUAUUUCGCGUUUGCAAGAGAUGAUGGAAAUCCUGACAAUAAUGUCUGGGUGGGGCUCAUCCUGGUCAUCUCCUUCUUCCUGGUCAUCAGUGUUUUGGCAUUCCCCAAUGGCCCUUUCACCAGGCCGCAUCCAGCAAUAUGGCGGAUAGUGUUUGGUCUGAGUGUGCUCUACUUUCUGUUCCUGGUUUUCAUCAUCUUCCUCAACUGGCAGCAAGUGAAGCAGCUCAUGUACUGGUUGGAUCCCAACUUGCGCUACGCCAAGAGAGAGGCAGAUAUUAUGGAGUAUGCAGUGAACUGCCACGUCAUCACCUGGGAGAGAAUCAUGAGCCAUUUUGACAUCUUUGCGUUCAGCCAUUUCUGGGGCUGGGGCAUGAAGGCCCUCCUCAUCCGAAGCUACGGCCUCUGCUGGACCAUCAGUAUCACCUGGGAGCUCACGGAGCUUUUCUUCAUGCAUUUGUUGCCCAACUUUGCGGAGUGCUGGUGGGACCAGGUGAUCCUGGACAUCCUCCUGUGUAACGGAGGAGGAAUCUGGCUCGGAAUGACCGUCUGCCGCUUCUUGGAGAUGAGGACGUACCACUGGGCCAGUAUUAAGGACAUCCACACCACCACGGGGAAGAUCAAGCGAGCCGUUCUGCAGUUCACGCCUGCGAGCUGGACCUACGUGCGCUGGCUUGAUCCGAAGUCCUCCCUGCAGCGGGUCACCGGCGUCUACCUGUUCAUGAUCAUCUGGCAGCUGACAGAAUUGAACACGUUCUUCCUCAAACACAUUUUCGUCUUUCCCGCGAGCCACGCUCUCAGCUGGUGUCGAAUCCUGUUCGUUGGUAUCAUCACAGCCCCGACAGUAAGGCAGUAUUAUGCAUACCUCACAGAUACGCAGUGUAAGAGAGUGGGGACACAGUGCUGGGUCUUUGGGGCGAUAGCCUUUCUAGAGGCCUUGGCGUGUAUUAAAUUUGGACAGGACUUGUUCUCAAAAACACAGAUCCUCUAUGUGGUCCUCUGGCUGCUGUGUUUGGCCUUCAUUACAUUCCUGUGUCUGUAUGGGAUGGUGUGGUAUGCAGAAACAUAUGGUCCAAGGGGAAAGAGCCUUUCAGAGUGUGAAGACAGUAAUUACGCAGAGUCUCCUGACCACAUGUCUGGGGAUUUUAAAGAUGACAUGGACUCAAACGGUGAGAGCCCCAUGAUCAGACGAAGAGGGAAAAACAAACCCUUAAAUGGCAUCGACAGCCAGCAGUAAGCUGAGCCGGGGAGGCCGCGAGACAUCCGAGCUCCUUCUGCAGAAGAUCCUGAAACUUCACCAUCCCACCACCGCCGCCGACACUUUCUGGAGAGGGGGAGAGCAGACAUCAGAUAAUAGGAAGUGGAUGAACAGGUGAUUGCUGUGUUGUGAUGAAAAGUGUUGCGGCUCAAACUACAGAGAUGCACGUCGCAUUGUGUACUCAAGAAACUCCUAAACCACUAAUCACAGGUUUCUUUGUGUGUGACUGAGAGCGAGACAGUCUGUGGGCGUGUGAGAGAAUAAAAGCGGCUGUUGCUGUGACUGCAUGUCCAUUGUAGCUUUUAAGUGACAACACAAUAUCACUGAAGGUUGGCAUUCAUCUGGCUGAAUGCCAGUAAGUUGGUAUCAUAAUGUUAAAAGCCAUUUUAAAGAUUUAAUCACUUUAUUUGAAGCCUGUAUGUUUUGUUGGGUUUUUUUGUCUUUUUUUGAUACUUGCAUUCUUCACUGAUUAUCGAUUUAUUUCCUAAAUGUUUCUCUCUCUUUUUAUUUGUUUUAAUACUUGAAUGUGGACAGAAUUUCCAUGCCAGACAGCUUUAGCUUGUUAGCGUGAUCAGCUGAGGUUCAUUUUGUAAAGAAGCACACGGUUAAAGCACUUUGCAGGAGUUUUUCCCUGAAAAUACUGUACAUUUCGUAAUGUUCUAGUAUUAUGUGAACUAUUGUGAUCCAGAGUGACUUUACUUUCUCCACUCCGCCUGUGGCUGCUAUGUUAUUUUAAAUUUUUCUAUAUUUGAAGGACAAUUAUUCAGACCCUUGCAUGUCGGUGUGCAGGUGGUUUUCUUUUCCUGCCAACCUUCUCGCUCCGUUCAUUUCUUUUGCAUGACUGUCAAAUCAAGUGUUUCAAUAGGAUAAUGUUACAACAGUAGGAAAAAAGAAGUCUUUAUAAUAUCUAAACCUGAACACAAGUAUUGUCUUUUACUGUCAUAACAUUUUUAUUCACGCCUUGUGCCUGUUUGCAUGGAAUUUAUUUCUUCCUAACGCUUCUCAGUCUGUAUUUAGACUAAGGAAUUAUUUCUUAUUCCUAACGCUUCUCAGUCUGUAUUUAGACUAAGCUCUCUGUUAUUGAAUACUCUCACCUGGAAAGCUUCGUUGGAGCUUUGUUGUCAUUUUGUUCUAUCAGUAUCAUCUCAGCACUAAGAUAUUUCUCGUAUCCUCGACAAUCCAAAUGCUGGCCUCGGUGAAACGGUCUCCCGGGCAACAUUAGGCUUUGUAAAUGGUACAAUGUCUCUGGAUAUACAUUUCAUUUUGCCAAAACCAUUACUGUUGAAGAUGACGUGUGCUGUUUGUUUCACUGUGAAAAAACAAAUUCAACAUAUUAAAAUGUUUUACAUUUCCUCUUUA